AUGAAUAUUAUAUCCAUUAUUCUGUGGUUAUGGCGCAUAAUAAUACUAAAUUGUUGCUAUGGAGCUGCAACAACUAGUGCAGCUUCACCGCCUAUAGCAAAGCCUAAUUGCACAACGCAUUGUGGAGAUGUUGCCAUCCCAUUCCCUUUCGGGAUUGGACCUCACAAAGAUUGUUACUUAGAUGAAUGGUUUCAAAUAGACUGCAGGCACAACAACUACACAACCUCAGGUAAUUACAGCAGGCAAGUGCCUUUCCUCAAGAGCGUCAACCUGGAGCUGCUAAGUAUUUUUCCGUUUAAAGAUGGCAGGCAAUCGGUUCGGGUUAAGAACCCUAUUACUUUCUUCAGCUGCCAGGGAAAGGAAACUCGCCAACCCCAGAAUUUGACGGGCAGUCCUUUCAUUUACUCUCAUACAGACAACAUAUUCACUGUAGUGAGUUGUGACCACUUUGUUCGUUUGAGCUCAGAUCAUGGGACUGUCGCUGGUUGCGAGUCGACUUGUCGAAACAAUACGGACUUCUUUAAUGGCUGCAAUAAUGGCUGUUGCCAAGAUACACUUGUAAUAUAUGGACUCACCAGCGGCGGUUUUACUAUUGAGAUACAAUCAAAUUCAUCAACAUCAUAUCCAAUGGACGAUUGCAAGUAUGCAUUUUUGGUUGAGAGAAAUUGGUUUGAGUCUAACUUAUCGAAUUUAAACUUACCGAAUUUUCGAUUAGUGAAGGAUAUGGACAGGGUUCCUGUGGUGCUAGACUGGAUCUUAAACGUACAUGACUAUGGUGAAAGAUUCAGAGUAAAAACAGACCGGAGUGGUAACCACUCAACACCCUUUUGCAACGGCUAUGAUGAUCGGAACACGAUGAUUUGUACCUGUCAGUCGGGCAUGGAAGGAAAUCCUUAUCUUCUCCAACCUUGUCAAGAUAUGGAUGAAUGCAAAGGCAGUAAUGAGUGUGGAGGCGACGUAUGUGAGAAUUUUGCUGGGGGUUAUAGCUGCUACUCAAACAUAAAUGGCCAUAGAUGUACACAUUUUGCUUCAGACCUUGAUCUCGGUUAUACCACUACAUGCCACUUCAGAACCACAUCGGGUCGGGCCUCUGAAACUGAAAUCAAGACUAUUAUUUUAGGUCUUGGCUCCGGUUUUGGGCUAUUGUUACUAAUGAUUGGUGCAUGGUGGGUACACAAAAUUGUGAAGAAAAGGAAAACCAUUGCACGCAAGAAAAAAAAAUUCAAACGAAAUGGUGGUUUAUUGUUGGAGCAACAGUUAUCGUCAGGCGAAGUUAAUGUUGACAAAAUCAAGUUAUUCAAUUCAAAAGAAUUAGAAAAGUCCACCAACAAUUUUAGUAUUGAUAGAAUUCUUGGUCAGGGAGGUCAAGGAACCGUUUACAAAGGCAUGUUGGCAGAUGGAAGAAUUGUUGCGGUAAAGAAGUCCAAAAUGGUGGACAAAAGCAAGCUCUCGGAAUUCAUCAAUGAGGUUGUAAUUCUUUCACAAAUCAACCACCGAAAUGUAGUUCAAAUUUUGGGUUGUUGUUUAGAGACCGAAGUUCCACUUUUGGUCUACGAAUUCAUACCGAAUGGAACUCUUUCUCAAUAUAUCCAAGAGCAAAUUGAGGAAUUCCCACUCACAUGGGUCAUGCGGUUGCAAAUUGCCACAGAAGUUGCAGGAGCUCUUUCAUACUUACACGGUGCAGCUUCCUUUCCCAUAUAUCACAGAGACAUCAAGUCUGCCAACAUACUUUUGGAUGAAAAAUACAGAGCAAAAAUUGCUGAUUUUGGAACUUCAAGAUCAAUUUCCAUUGACCAAACUCAUCUAACUACAUCUGUACAUGGAACAUUUGGUUACAUGGACCCAGAGUACUUUCAAUCAAGCCAAUUUACAGAGAAAAGUGACGUCUAUAGCUUUGGAGUGGUCCUUGUUGAGCUCUUGACGGGGCAAAAACCAAUUUCUGCGGUAACAGGGUCACAAGAAGAAGAAUACAGAAGCCUUGCCACAUAUUUCAUUACCUCGAUGCAAGAAGAUCGUCUGUUUGACCUUGUUGAUGCUAGAUUUCUGGAGGAGGGCUCUGAAACAGAAAUCCAAGUAGUCGCUAACCUUGCAAGGAGAUGCUUGAAUUUGAACAGAAGAAACCGUCCUACAAUGAGAGAGGUUACAUCAGAGCUAGAGGCUGUACAAAUGUCAAGAAAAUCUUCGAUUAGUGCUCAGCAAAAUUCUGACGAGAUUGAUUUUGUGGAAGAUGAUUCAGUUGGGAAUUGGGAUGUUGAAUCACUUUCAGAAGUGUCGGCUAGCUACUAA